AUGAACGGGGACGGUGGAGGGGAUGCCGUUGGCUGCUCCCCCGCGUCUCUCAGUGGUAGAUUCCUCCCUCCUCUAGCUCCGCCCCUUCUCCCCUCCCUUUCUCUUUCUCUCUCCCUGCGCGAAGGGAAGGCCCUGCUCGGUUCUGCUGCUGCUGCCGGCUUGCACUUCCCAGUGCCGCUUUCUAGAGGGGGCUCCUCGGUGAGUGGCGGGGGAAGGGGCCCAGACGCCUAGGUUCUUGGCGGUGGGCGGGGGGGGGAGGAAGAAGAGCAGGACGCCUGGGUCGCUCUUGUUUUAAAGAGGCUGAGAGCUGAGGCCGGACGCCUGGGUCCCUUUUAGAAACUGGGUGGGGGAAAAGCGGAGAGUAGAAUCUGCUGGACGCCUGGGUCCCUUUUGCUUUUGAAAGAAGGAGGGAGAGUAGAGGUCGGUCUCCUGGGUCCCUUUAACGGGAGGGGGAGUACAGAGUCGGACGCCUGGGUCUCUAUAAAAAAGAUGGGUAGAGUAGAAGCCGGACGCCUGGGUCCCUUUAAUUUGUAAAAGAGGAAGAGAGUUAGCACCCGGACUCCUGGGUCCAUUUUGCUUUGAAAAGGAAGAUGUGAGCGGAGGCCGGACGCCUGGGUCCCUUUAAGUAAGAAGUAGAGGAAAGUUCAGAUUCGUGCAGGUCGAGUUGAGAAAAGCGUCCUGUGCUUGUUCCGCAAGGACGGGGGGGGGGGGGGAAGGGGCUGAAGGCAGCAAACAGCUAAAUAAAUCGGGGACCCCCUUUUCAAGGGGGCGUUUCAAGGGUGUCUUACAGAACCAGGAGUCAUAGGGUUUCUCUGGUAGUUAAAUGCGAAUGGUGCUGGACUCCUGGGUUCACUUGGGACGCGGAGGAAUGAAGUGAACUCAGACCUCUGAAUUUUCUUUUAAGGUCUUAAAAUAUAUGUUAUCUCUUUGCUAAGUCUGCGACUUCUGAGUUCCUUUGGAGCUGCUGCAGGGCUUCCUUCUUCUUUGAGGAACAAGGAGUAUGUUUCGAAGAGCCAGAGUUCCCCAGCAUAACAGAUAAAAAUCAAAGCCUUUUAAAAACAGCAAUCAUACACACAGAUUUUUACUGUUGUUGUUGUGGAGAUGAAAUGUGGAUAGGUGGGAGAACCGUGUAUUUGUCCUUUGAGGGAAAAGAUGGGAUAUGAAGACAAUACAGUGGUACCUCGGGUUACAAACGCUUCGGGUUACAGACUCCGCUAACGCAGAAGUAGCACCUUGGGUUAAGAACUUUACUUCAGGAUCAGAACAGAAAUUGCGCAGCGGCAGCGGGAGGCCCCACUAGCUAAAGUGGUACCUCAGGUUAAGAACGGUUUCAGGUUAAGAACGGACCUCCAGAACGAAUUAAGUUCUUAACCAGAGGUACCACUGUAAAUAGAUGUGUCUCAGGGUUGGGGACAACCUGUGCAGCUCUGACUGUUGCUGUACUGCAACUCCCAUCAUCCCUGUCCAUUGGCCAUGGUAGCUGGGGCUGCUGGGAGCCCGAAUCCAAAAAACAUAGUGAGGACUACAGGGUGUCCUCCAUCCUUGAUGUUGAGGGUGGGCGCCUUCCUUCGGGACCCUGGGGCUUUCAAAUCCUUGCAGGCACUUUGAUCCUGGCUACAUGUAUACUUUACCAGAACUGUCUAUCAGAGAGAGCUUGUGCUCUGGAAAGAAGCUACAGGGGGAAAGGCAGGGGAUAGAUAAAUAUGUAAUAAUGAUGAUGAUGAUGACAGCUCAGUUGGUAGACCAUGAGACUCUUAAUCUCAUGGUUGUGGGUUCAAUCCCCAUGCUGGGCGAAAUAUUGCAGGGGUUGGACUAGAUGACCAUCAGGUCCCUUCCAACUCUGCAAUUCUUUGAAUGGAAGCCAGAUUCUGGAGCGUUGCUUGCUGUGGGGGUUAUGCAAUGUGGACACCAAGGACCUCCUGAAUAAGCACAGUGUUUGUGAGCCAGGAGCACUUGUUCAGUUUUCUGGACCGUGGAUAAUAAGAACCAACUUCUUUGGGAUUAGAUGUGACAGCAAGGAAUGUUUUGACUAUCAUGGCCCCCUGGACUCCAGUCUUUUCUGGAGCAUGGGCAUCAACAGCUUUUCCCCAAGCAAACUCAGACGUCUUUCACCUGGUUUUACUUGGGAGUCCUGGUAGAUGGUUUUUUCUCUCCUUGCCUUUCAAAGCACGUUUUAUAGGUGGACUGAGAACUAUAUGCUGUCCCCUGGUAUCGGAGGCAGUAUGCUGGGGAUCUUGAGCACUGUUGUGUUCAGGUCCAAGGGAUCUGGUUAGCCACUGUGAGAACAGGUUGCUGGACUAUAAACCCCCCCCCCAUCCCUUUGGCCUAAUUCAGCAACCAGGCACGUCUUAGGUCAUGUGACUCUUCAAUGCUAGGCGUGACUUCAGAUGUUAGUAGCAGAUUAUAGUGACUCUGAUUAUAGGAGAUUGUUUUAUUAGGCCACUUUUGCACCGCCCGUCAGUCAAGGCCUCUAGCUGAUUUGUGAAGUAAUAAAAACAAGAAACUAUGAAAUGCAACCAAUAUUUCCUAAAAAAUCAAGAUGCGAAAAACAGUGCUGGCUAGGGCAAAACUAGCCAAAGGGUGUGUAUGUGGGUAGCUUAAUGAAACCCACAAGUACCCAUUUCCUUCCCCAUGCCUGUUUAAAACCAGUAAAAGAUUGUGGUGGUGGAUAAUUAAAGUCACAAGCCCUUUCCAUAAUUUUAGUUCUCCACACACAUAUUAUAUGUCUUCUGAUUAUGAAUUUUGGAACAGUGUAGUGUUACAAAAACGUUGCCAGUAUAUUAUUGGCCGACGUGUUGCUUGUUGCUGUUCAGAAUGUUCUGUUUUCCAGCCCUGGUUGCGCGGACCUGCUUUGGGUCCAAGCUUCCUGAGCACGUUUGUUUGUUAAAGCUGUGUGUUCCUCCCUGUGAUACUUGGAAAUUAUUUCUCUCUUGUUGCAUAAGGCCCUCGACUUUGCUUGUUCCUUUCUAACACUUGAGGAAGGAACAACCUCAGGUUUUUGCAUAGGGUCUGGCUCCUUGCCAGGCUGUUGCAUUUAAAGGGACGGCGCCAUCUGUUGGCUCAAGGGCACCAUUGCUUCCAUUAGGACAAGGUCUCCCAAGAAGCCUAAGCUGUUUGGGCAGUCCUGGUCUGGCACUGGCCUUUGGGAUAACCUUUGCCAUGACUUGGCAGGGUGGUGUCUUCUCUCUGCGUAAGCCAAGCUUGGCAUGUGCCCCAGAAUGCACUGAACCUGGCCCUGGAAUGGGGUUCGUUCUUGGUCUCUGGUUGGCCAGGUGCUUUGAGAAUCUCCCUCCCACACUCCAACCAAUUUGUAUCAUGAAACUUUUGCAUUGCAUAAUAUUUCUCUUUCCCUGCCAUGAAGUUCUUCCAAUGGAGAAGGUUUAGGGCAGGCAUAAGCAAACUCGGUGCCCUCUAGAUGUUUUGGGACUACAACUCCCAUCAUCCCUGACCACCAGUCCUGUUAGCUAGGGAUGAUGGGAGUUGUAGUCCCAAAACGUCUGGAGGGCCGAGUUCGCCCAUGCCUGGUUUAGGGCCACAGUAACCCCAUGCAUUCUCAGUGCUUUAAGCAGUUAUGGCUCCCCCCCCCCCCCAAAUUUUGGGAGCUGCAGUUUAAGGGCGCUGGGAGCAUUUGCAUGAAAAUACCCACCACCUGGUUUAAAGAGUGGCCCCAUUUUAGCCAUGCACAAACCAAGUGUUAAAGACACUCAGAUAUAUAAGCUGGGCAACAGUCACCAAAAUGGAAUGCCUAGUUGCCAUUUUUGGACCAAACGCCUCAAAAGCCAUAUUUUUCAAUAUGAUUUUUUGGUUCCUGAAUUUCAUUCUGAUUGUGCAGAUAAAAUUUAAGGGGUAGAAUUCUACAGGAUGUGUUGCAAGGGGUAGAAUUCUACAGGAUGUGUUGCAGGUGUGUGAAAAACAGUAAAGAUCCAAGGAUCCCCAGGCAUGCUCCGCCAAAUGGUGGAGAUGUCGGGGCCAUUCUGGCAGUAUUUGGGGAUAGUCAGAUUAUUUGGAUAUCAGAAUUCAGAAAUCAACCCUUAGAUAUAUUGGAGACCAAGUUCCUCAAGCAUUUGAUAAAUAAUCAACUGUACAGCAUAACUUUUACUUGCUGGGUGCUGAAGGCAAAUUGUGCACAAAAAAUAUCAGGAGACCGCAGGCUUAAUAGACUAUAGGGUUCAAAAUGCCCUAGGCAGUGGGCACUUUUUGUGCUUGGUGUGGGUCCAAUUGCAACCACAUGGAGAUCUGUGGGUGGCAGGUUGGUGACUGACAUCUCUCCAUCUGACUGGCCUCUCCAGCUUUCUUAAGCAGGUAAACAGAAGAGCUUAUUUCUUGCAUUUAUAUUCCACCUUUUUCUCCAUUUAGUACAUGGUUCAUUCUCCUCCUUGGCUAAUCCUACAACGACCCUUUGAGGUAGGUUAGGAGGCUGUGACUGAUUCCAAGGUCACUCAGUGAGCUUCCUGACUGAGUGGGGAUUCGAACCCUGAUCUCCCAGGUCCUAGUCUGGCACUCUAAGCACUAUACCCCACUGGCUUGCUAGAGUAUGCUAUGGGGCAGCUCUAUAAAUUGAGUAGGUAAAUAAAUAUGAGGAAAGCAGAAUGUCACUUUGUAAGGAUCUGAAAUAUUUUCCUUGAAGCUUGCAUUUGUUUUAUUCUGGAUUGUUUUAUUUGAUGUUUUUAUGUGGUGUAAACCACUUAGAGAUUUCUUCUUUAAAAUAUAAAGCAAUAUAGAAAUGAUAUUACAUUCGGAAGUCGAAUGCUUUGUGAGACAAACGUUUUGGCUCCCAAACCCCGCAGACCUGGAGGUGAUUGUUCUGGUUUGCGAACGUUCUUUGGAACCUGAACAUCCGUUGCGGCUUCCACGGCUUCCGAUUGGCUGCAGGAGCUUCCUGCAGCCAAUUGGAAGCUGCGCUUUGGUUCCUAAACGUUUUGGAAGUUGAACAGACUUCUGCGGUACGACUGUAUAAUUAUUAUAAUUAUUAUUUAUUAAUCCCCACGGGGGAAAGAUGGCACCUAGACAUUCUGUUGUGACCGUAACCUAGGUUUAAGGUGCCAUUUGGCAAUUGGCUUAUAUAUCUAUGUUUCUAUCACUGGACCUCAAAAGGGUAAUCAAAUCCACCCCUUUGCAAUGCAGGAAUCACAGCUGAAGAGUCCCUUGGGAAAGGCUACUGUCAGGAAAACUUGCAGUCUUGGGGACAACUCUUUCUCUGAGCUUCUUUUGCAAGCCAUUUUGGAGAGGGUUGUGUUGAGUGGCUGAGCUGUAACUGAUCUCCCUGAGACUCUGUUUGAAUAAAGAGACACUCAUCCCCGCCCUGGUAUUGAGAUUGUGUUGCUAACUGGCAUGAUGAAUGCAUAAAUGCCUCCUUUGGUAUUAUAUAACUGCCCUGUUGCUUAUGGCUGGAUGUUGUUCUUAAAGCUGUGCUGGAGCCGUUCUGGGGAAAUGUGAGGUGUUAUUUACCCAGGUUUGGUGGGGCAUCUUGAUCUGCCUGAGGUGCGAUGGGUGGAAUAUACAGACCAUGCCCACCUCACUGGCACUGGGCACCACUACCGUGACAAUCCCUGAGUCUUGCCUUGGCCAUGUUCCCAUAAUUCCAUGCAGUCUUCCCAUAAGUCCUCUCAAAUUGCUUCUGAAAGUGGAAAUUGCCUUGUAGGGACAGCCUGGGAAGCUACAGCUUUAUUUCUUUUUACACUUUUAUAGGGCUGCCAUCCAUAUAUGGGAUUUGUCUGUUGAAAACAGCGUCCAGGAAAACCCGGGCGUAUGGCAACCCAUGUCGAAAGUGUUGGAUUUUUGGGGUCAAAUUUCUUUAAAAAUAGCUUUAAAAAUACAUUUUGGGGGGAGGUUUUGCAAAAAACUCUGCAGGUUUGCAUGCGCCGUACGUAGCGACGCUGCACAUGCGCUGUACAUAGCAGUUUGCCAGCAGCGGUGCUCCAGCGCCGUAUGGACGGUGCCAGGAUCCACUGCUCACCGCUGCACCUGUGAAUGGAGGAUCGUCUACAUGCGGCUAUAGCGGCGAUGGAGGGAUCCCACCACUGUCUGUACGGCGCUCGAGUGGCACCAGCGGCAAACUGCUAUAUAUGGUGCAUGUGUGGCGUUGUUACAUACAGUACAUGUGUGCGAUGCCGCACAUGUGCUGUACAUGGUGGUUUGCUGCCAGCCCCGGAAUCCUCUGCUCGCGGCUGCAGCCUCAAACGGAGGAUCCUCCACAUGCGGUGGCAGCGGCGUGAUAGCUGUUGGCGGCGUGGCGAGCCCCCACGGGGUGUCUUCUUGUAACUCCCCAGACAUGGAACCCGGGGCGCCCCCCCCACCCAUUGCGACACCACUCUGGGGGAGCUAACGCUGUUAUCGUAUUAACAGCUAAGCAUAUGGUUGUGUCCUUGACUGUAUCUCACCUGUUAUCUCGGAUAACCAGUUGGAUAGCUGGAUAGCUCAGUUGGUUAGAGAGUGGUGCUGGCGUCGCCAAGGUUUGUAGGUUUGAUCCCCGUAUGGGACAGCUGCAUAUUCCUGCAUUAGAGGGGGUUGGACUUGAUGAUCCUCAGGGUCCCUUCCAACAGUAUGAUUCUGUGAGAUAUCUGUGAGAUAACAUUCUUGGUUUAAGGGGUCCAGUUGGCUGGUGACAAAUUGCCAGUGGAAGACCCUUUGUCAGACUCUUAAAAUGUGUGAAGCUGGACAUCAUGGUAUGGCUUGUCCAGAAGCAGGCGCCUCUAUUUAGCCUAUUGUCAACUGAUAGAAUUGAACAGUGACUCUUAACCUUUUUGGGACCGCAGAUCCCUUUGAGAAUCUGAUGAAAGCUAUUUGCCAGAAAAAUUCAUACAAACACAAAAUGUUGCAUGCAAAUUAUUUUAUUUCACUGGGGGUUGGGAAUCUGGUUCACAGACCCCCUGAAGCCCAUCCAUUGACCUCCUGGGAUCCAUGGACCCCUGUUUAGGAAUCCCUGAUCUAGAUCCCUGAUUAGUGGACUGUUUCAUUCCAUACAAACACUGCCUUUGACAGAGUUGGACCAUUGGUGAGGCGUUCACAAAGUAAAGGAAGGAUUGAACUCUGAUUAAUAAGAAUACACACAGAGACUUGAACCAGCAAGACUCUUGGAAGGGUCUCUCUCUGUUCGUGCCUCCACCCCUCGGGCCAGGUCGUUUUAAUCACAAAAGAACUUUUACAGAGUGUUCGUAAGAACCAAUCAGAUUUUAUCUGAGCAUUUCAACAAACCCCAUGUGGGAACAAAGUUAAACUACCAAAACUAAUUAAGCAUGGGGUAAAUAAAACAGAACUACAAAGGAGAGCAUUUGGCAACCCUGAGGUCAUAAACAAGCAAUAUAUAUGAUAAGAAGGAUGGCCAGCAGGACAGGAUCAUUAUCACCUUCAGGUGAGAUCUGUUUCCUGGCCCUAAGAUUAACAUCCUGGGAUUAACAUAUCAGAAACGCUACUUCAAAGAAACUGCCCACUGUCUCUGAUGACCCAGGACCCUGCCUGUCUAAGUGUGUAUGUGACUUGUGAAGACAGAGAAAUGGAACAGGGGUGCAGAGGUGUGGAUUGAUCAAAAAUCAUAUCAAAAUAGUUUAAACCCAGUCAACGCAAUGCUUUCAUUGCUGACACAGAUGGCUUACUCUUUAUUUGUUAUAAUUCCUUAUAGCAAUCCCACCUGAUCACUACAAUUGGUCCAUCUAGCUGAGCAUCAUCUACACUGACUGGCAGCAGCCCUUCAGGCUUUCAGGCAGGGGUCUCUUCCAGCCCCAUGCUGGGGGAUUGAACCUGGAAUCUUUUACAAAAGCAGGUGCUCUCCCAGUGAGCUACAACGCUUCCCUCUAAAUCAGGCAUGGGGACCACGGGGUCCUCUGAAAUGUUGUUGGACUCCCAACUCCCAUCAGCCCCAGCCAGCACGGCCAAAAGCCUGGGAUGAUGGGAGUUGUAGUCCAGCAACAUCUGGAAGGCCAUAGAUUAAAGCACACUUUAAUGAUUCUUUGUGUGUAUUUGCAUACAGUUUAGAGCAGGAGGUAGGGGAUCGUGCUGGUUAGCUGUGUCUUCUGGUCCAGAGGAAUAGGUUGCCCACAUCGUCUCUAGAAAAGGAAUUCAGAAAGCAGGAGCGUUGGUUUCGAAAUCGCUUUUCUUGAAUUUUGACUUUUAAAAUCUUCUUGGCGAAAGAGCUGGGGAGGAUCUCCAAAAACUAAUUCAGUAUUGUUUCAAGAGAGGCUGUCAGGCAGAUGUUUUCCUAUCUCAGGCGGAGUGUUUAAAUGUCAGAUCGACUCCAUCUGAGGUCACUGCAACUACCCAAAAUAUGAAAUUCUGCAAAUUGCACCAAAUUAUGUACACUCAGGAGGUUCUUUCAGUCCCAUUUUGCUUUCUAUAGCCUCUUGUCUGAAUAAAACCCAAAUUACCUGUAGUGGGCAGAUUAACAGCUCUCGAAAAGCAAACUUGCUCAGAUAAUAUUUACGCGCUUGUGUGUGUAUGUGUGUAUUACGUGUCCCACGCCUGCUGCAAGAGACCAAAAGAGCCCUGUGUUUAAUGGCUCUUAUGUAAGACACGUGGGGCAGAGAAUGUAACUUGACCCUAACUCUACGGCUAAUCUUUGCACAAAACAUUAUAGCUGGGUGGCUUCCGUGCAUGCUCUCAGACAAGGUGUGCUCUUCAAAAUGGAUUAACACCUGAGAGGUUUGGGUUUUGCGGUGGCCAACCCUGCAACGUGAGCAGAGACGACAUCGUGGCUUUCAGUGUUUUGGUGGCAUGUGUUUUUGAAAGCUUUGCCUUGCCCUUUUCAGAUGGUGCUGCUCCCUUUCAGAUGCACCUGACUGGUAUUACUUUUAAUCAGCCAGGUUUGGUGAUAGAGCAUCUGCUGUGUAUGCAGGAGGUCACAGGUUGAAUCCCCAAUGGCGUCUUUUGGUAGGGCUGAGAAUGUCCCUGGCCUGAAACCCUAGAGAGCUGUUGCUGCCAGCCUGUGUAGACAAUGUUAAGCUAGAUGGACCUUUGCCCUAUGGUGCCAGGGCAGGCUGCAGCAAUUAAAACACGAUAUUAAAAACUGUUUAAAGCAACUUCCAAUCGCAGAAAUAGAGUGGACCCAAGAAGCGUACACCUGACCUCAGGUGUCAAAAGCCAGGGUAAAAAGGCACGUCCUCAGCAUUUACGAGUUCACAGCUUAGGGGGCUACAACAGAGAAGGCGAUCUCCCAGCCCCACUGAGGAUAGAGGAACAGUCAAGAGGACCCCCUCUGCUGAUUGUUGUUUAGUCAUGUCUGACUCUUCAUGACCCCAUGGACCAGAGCAUGCCAGGCACUCCUGUCUUCCACUGCCUCCCGCAGUUUGGUCAAACUCAUGUUCGUAGCUUCAAGAGCACUGUCCAACCAUCUCAUCCUCUGUCAUCCCCUUCUCCUUGUGCCCUCCAUCUUUCCCAACAUCAGGGUCUUUUCCAGGGUGUCUUCUCUUCUCAUGAGGUGGCCAAAGUAUUGGAGCCUCAGCUUCAGGAUCUGUCCUUCCAGUGAGCACUCAGGGCUGAUUUCCUUCAGAAUGGAUAGGUUUGAACUUCUUGCAGUCCAUGGGACUCUCAAGAGUCUCCUCCAGCACCAUAAUUCAAAAGCAUCAAUUCUUUGGCAAUCAGCCUUCUUUAUGGUCCAGCUCUCACUUCCAUACAUCACUACUGGGAAAACCAUAGCUUUAACUAUAUGGACCUUUGUUGGCAAGGUGAUGUCUCUGCUUUUAAAGAUGCUGUCUAGGUUUGUCAUCGCUUUUUUCCCAAGAAGCAGGCGUCUUUUGAUUUCAUGCCUGCUGUCACCCCCUUUGGGGGGGGCGGUCUGUAGGGAAAGAAGCUGUCUUUCAAGCAUUUGGAGCCUGAGGCCUUAAAACGCUAAUAUGAGCACCUUGAAUUGUGCCUGAAAAUGGACUCUCAACCCAUGCAGCUCUUUGUGAACAGGGGUUGUCUGAGAUCUAAACGAGACCCCAGCCAGUAUGGCUGCUGCAUUUCGGACCAGUUGAAGUUUCUGCGUCAUCAAGGGUAGCUGGAUAAGCAAAUGGGUCCCUGCCCCAAGGACCAUGCAGCUCUAAAUUUGGAGCGGGUGGGGAGGAAAAGAUGAGGGCUCAGAUUUAGCUGGAGUCUUAAGUAAUGAACAUAGGAAGCAACUUCUAUGAACUGAAGCCACUGGUCUAUCCAGCUUGUAUUGUCUGCCCCAGGAAUGGGGAAUCUGUGGUUCUUCAGGUGUUGGGCUGUCUCUGUCAGCUGGCUUACAGUCUGAAAAGACUAACAACAACAACAACACAUAUAAAAACAUAGUAAAACGUCAGACAUUACACACUUCCUGGUACUAGCCUGUUACUGGCCUGACAUUCUUAAUUUUUAAAGUAAUAAUAAUUCCCUCUGCAGUAAUGUCAGAGAGAUAAACUACUACCUGACAUUUAGAAGACAUCUGAAGGCGGGCCCUGUUCAGGGAAGUUUUUAAUGUGUGACAUUUUAAUGUAUUUUUAAUCUUUGUCGGAAGCUGCCCUGCCAGACGGACGGGGUACAUAAUAAUAAUAAUAAUAAUUAAUAAUUAAUAAUUAAUAAUUAAUGCUGACCAGUUUGGGAAGAGCCAAAGGCUUCUGUUGUGUCCUGGGGUAACAGCACAUGUCCCACUGGGUGGAACUCGCACCCAGAUCUGGGUGGGAGGCGAGAGUGACAGGUGAAAUCCUAGGCGUUCGCGUGCCAGCCUCCUCCUCCUCCCACUGCAUCUUGAGUAACUUAGUUCCCUGCCCUAUCAACAGUUGCAGUUGUCUCAUUCCACACGUACACAAAUCUAUGCACUGGUCUACCUGGUGGGUAAGUGGUUUAUCUUUGCUUCUGUAUAGGUGAGAUGUAGGAAUUGCCACUUCUCAGGGGUAGAGCACCCACCUCCCAUACAGAAGGGACCAGGUUCAAUCCCGGAUGCCUCCGAUUAAAAGUAUCUGGUGGGGGGGACCGGACAUGGUAUUUUCCAAAAUGCUUCCUUCAGAUGUGGAUGGCAAAGGCAGCCAUAGCAGAGGUUACUGUCACAAGAGAGAACAUCCCUCUUCUAAGAGGUCCUGUGGCCCAGUGGUAGAAUCUCUGCAUGUAGAAGGUCCCUGGUACCAAUUGCAUUUCCAGGCAGGUCUGUGGCAAUAAAUCAAUGGGUUGCUAUAUACAGUCAUACCUCGGGUUACAGCCGCUUCAGGUGGUGUUUUUUCGGUUUGUGGACCGCCGAAACCCAGAAGUACUGGAACGGGUUACUUCCGGGUUUCGACGGUUGUGCAUGUGCAGAAGCGCUAAAUCGCAACCCGCGCGUGUGCAGACACGGGUUGCGAACGUGCAUCCCGCACGGAUGAAGAGUUUGGAUUUGAUAUCCCGCCUUUCACUCCCUUUAAGGAGUCUCAAAGCGGCUCACAUUCUCCUUUCCCUUCCUCCCCCACAACAAACACUCUGUGAGGUGAGUGAGGCUGAGAGACUUCAGAGAAGUGUGACUGGCCCAAGGUCACCCAGCAGCUGCAUGUGGAGGAGCGGAGACGCGAACCUGGUUCCCUAGAUUAUGAGUCCACCACUCUUAACCACUACACCACACUGGCUCUCACACUGGAUCACGUUCGCAACCCAAGCGUCCACUGUACCAAACAGAUUGGGACUUGGGGGUCACCGUGCCAGAAAGGUUGGGAACCACUGGGCCAAAAGUCAUGCACUUAAUUUAAUUUCUUUUGGUUGGGUGAUAAAAACUUUAGAGACAGUUAAUGAGCUUUUUGAUGCAGUAAGUUUGAUCUCAGUUGACCAGUCCCAGUGUUGUCUACACAGACUGGCAGCCGGUCUCCAGGGGGGACAUUCCUAGUCCUACCUGGAAGAUUCCAUUGGGGAUUGAAACUGGGAGCUUCUGCCUCCAAAGCAGAUGCUCUGCUACUGAGCUGUUGCCUGUCAUCUAAAAGCAAGCUAAGGUUCUAGUCCUCAUGCCUCUGGACAAAUGACUGAAUUAAACAGGAACAUGAGCUGCUGCUUUAAAUUGAGUUAAGCCACUGGGUCCAUUUCGCUCAGUAGUGCCCGCCUUGGCUGGCAGUGGCUCUUCAGGGGAUAUUUUCAACCCUCCGUAGAGAUGCCAGCGAUUGAACCUUCUACAUACAGAGGAGACCACUGAGCCUAUAGCCCUUUCAGAUUGGCAUCUGUGACAGGCAGCAAAACAAUAAUAACACCACAGAGUUGGGAGGGGCACCAGGGGUCAUCUAGUCUGACCCCCCGCUCACAGCCAAAGAAUUCCUGCCAGGUGGCCACCCAACCUCUGUUUAAAUGCCUCCAAGUUCUUCCUAAUGUUUAUGAUGCGGAACUGGUUGUCCGUAGUGCUAGGCACUGUUCACGGUGGCUUUUGCCCUGGAGUCCUUUGUCCUGUGCUCUCAGCUGAUCACCUGGCUCCUGAGGAACGUGACUCUCAGCUGCCCUUCCCAGCCACAGGCGGAUAAGCCUCCAUUGUGUUGCUCCACGGUUGCAUCAACCCUGCUUGCACAACGUGACUUUGGAGCGCAGAGAGCUGGCACGAUGUGUGCGGGAGGCUGGGCUCAGUGCCCCGCAGGAGGCAUUUCCGUUCCGUGGUGGUUGUGUGUGGGCCGUUGUGCUGGGAAAAGUUGCCACGCCGGCCUCUUUCCUCCCAAGUUUACCAGCUGGCCUGGAAUAGGGGAAAGCACCGGGUUGCCUGCCUGAAACAGGGGUGUUGGGUGGAUGAGAUGACAGCAAACCACUUCUCUUCCGGCAGCUCUCCGGUGCCACCUGGUUUCUGCACGACUGAGGAAGUCCUUUGCCCACACGUCACACUCAAGCCUUGCUUGUUGACACGCUACCAAGAAAAUCACAGCUUUGUAGGGGAUUCUUGGCCCCGUGCCCACGCUCACCAAUAAGAACGGCAGGGAGAAAUCCAGGUGUUUUAUCUGAGAGGCAAGGCCAGCAGGGAGAAGUGGGAGUUCAAUUUACGACACCGAUCUGGACAGUUUGGGAGAUGUCAAAAUGGCAAUCCUUAGCUGGAAGAUUUUUUCCCUUUAAAAUAUAAAAUGGUGUAGAAAUGAAAUGAACAUCAAGAACCACAAGCCCUACAGGGGGAAAGAAAGGCGCCUAGACAUACCAUAACUGAGCUUUAAGGUGCUAUUUGGCAAUUAGCUUCUAUACCUGAGUUUCUAACAUGGCCUCAUUCCAUUUGAUUCCAGUUUUUUAUUGCAUUUAUAUCCCCCCCCCUUCUUCUCCAAGGAGCUCAAAGUGGUCUACAUACCCCCCCCCCAUUUUAUCCUCACAAUGACCCUUUGAGGUACAGUGGUACCUUGGUUCUCGAACUUAAUCUGUUCCGGGAGUCCGUUCGACUCCCAAUACCAUACGAAAACCAAGGCACGGCUUCCAAUUGGCUGCAGGAGCUUCCUGCACUCAAUCAGAAGCUGCAGUGGACGUUUGGCUUCCCAAAAAUGUUUGCAAACCGGAACAUUUACUUCCGGGUUUGCCGCGUUCAGGAGCCAGUUUAUUUGGCAACUAAGCCGUUUGGGAACCAAGGUUCUCCUGUAGUUUAUGCUAAGAGGCAGUGACUGGCCCAAGGUCACCCAGGGAACUUUGUGGUCAAGUGGAGUGCUGAACCCUGGUCUCCCAAGGUCCUAAUCUGACACUCUAAACACUACACCACUAGUGGCUCUCAAGUCAGAACAUUGGUCCAUCUCAUCCUGUAUUGUCUACACUGACUGGCAGCAGCACUCCAGGGUUCCAGACAGGGAACCCUCCCAGCCCUACUUGGAGAUGGUGAUGGAACUUGGGACCUUCUACAUGCAAAGCACCUGUUCUACCCCUGGGCUAUGGCAGUUCCUAACCUGCUUUAUACGCAACUAAACUAUUGGUUCCUCUAGCUCAGGCACCCUCUAGGGCAGGGGUCUGCAACCUUUAAGACAAAAAGAGCCACUUGGACCCGUUUCCGAAGAAAAAAAAACUGGGAGCCGCAAAACUCGUCAUUAUAAAAAUAACUUUUUUGUCACUUUUUUAUUAUUUCUUUGUUUGACCCCUCAGAAUUACUCCUCCUCAUAGAAAUAAACAUUAAAUUAACAAGUUACCUUUUUGUGUGUGUGUGUUCUUCACUCCCCUUCAAAACAGUGACCAGCGUACAUGCCCCCUUUCAAUGCAGUGACCAGCGUACAUGCCCCUUACAAUGUAGCGGGCGGGCGGGAAGGUGACGUCGGGACGGUGCGUGACUAACGCAGGCACCGCCCCCAUGCGACGUCACAGCCAGUACAGCGCCCGCCACAGUGGGGAGUGUCAGGGCACACAAUGCGCCUCCUCCCCUCGCUAGUAUCCGCCCCGGAGCCGCGGCAAAGGUCUAAAAGAGCCACAUGCGGCUCCGGAGCCGCGGGUUGCAGACCCCUGCUCUAGGGUUUCAGGCACAGGAUAUUCCAUCCCUACCUGGAGAUGCCAAUUGGGGAUUGAAUUUGGGGCCUUCUGCAUGCAAGGCAGGUGCUCUUCCACUCAGCUGUGGCCUUUCCCAAAGGAUGCUGGACUGGGUGAGCUUCUGGCCUGAUAUAAAUUGGGGCUCUUGUCCACAAGGAUUCUUUGCUUUCAAGGCACAGAAGCACGACCACCUCAUCUAAUCCAACUGCAUUCUUGCACCAGAUUGGAAUACAAAUGUUGUCCUCUCUUGAACUCUGCCUCCUUUCUCUCUUCACCAAACUCCUCCAGCAUUCUGCUCAUUCCUCUGAGCCACUCCCGCUUCAAAUCCUUUCUUACAUAUUCACACCUUAUUCUUUGAUCUGCCUCUUUUUCUCCCUCCUCUUUGCCAUUUCAUCUCCCUCUCCCUCUUUUGGACCCCACCUUUUGCCUUUCCUGCCUCUCAGGCUUUCCAUUGGCUGGAAUGCUGUGACAUCGGAGCAUCCUUUGCAUGGCCCGGUCCCUCUUAAGACAUCAGAGGCUGCCACCAUUUAUUUUUACCACCUCCAGAUGUUUUGGACUGCAGUGGGCUGGGGCUGAUUAAUUUGGGGUCACAACUCCCAUCAGCCCCCAGCCCGCUGAAAUUGGCAAAGGUUGGCUUGAAAUGCAGAUGAAUCAAUGCAGAACAGAGUGUGUACUCUGUGUUUACUGUUAUAAACGCACCUGUCAGGUCACCAAUGCUGCCUGGCCUGUUUGACUGCUAACCACCAUGCUCUAUGAAUUCCCUGCCCACUUCUCUUCCUCUCAGGGAAAGCUCUUUUCAGGAGGCAGAAGGUCAAAAAUGCACUCAGUAAAGGGUUGUGCCUUUUAUGUAACCUGAGGACAUUUUUGGGUCUUUGAGCCUCUUCCCCCGCCGCCCCCUUCCCACAGCUCAAGCAGGAAGGUGCGCACUGAUGAGCCAUGGAAAGUGAGUUUUUCCCUCUUACACAACUUGUUGGCUCUUCCCACGCCCUCGAUUCCAGAGUCCCAGCUUUCUUGGAGUCUUUCUGAAAGUUGAGAUGUAGGAAACAGCCAUAAUCAGACCCUGCUUAGCUUUGCAUAUUAUCAGGGCUUGCUUCAGGCAUAGGUCAGCAACAAACAUCACCCCAGGCCAGUGAAGUUAAAUCUUUACUCAAGGAUACGAACCACAGAGUUCAAGCCUCCACAACUCUUCCUAGCAGCUCUCGCCCCGAUAAUGCAGUUGCAAGGAUCCCUCUCUUAGACUCCUCCUCUCCAGGCUUUCCCCCAUGCAGUCUGCACACAACAAAUCUUUGCUCUGCUCUUUUCAUUCCACUGUGUGUCCUGGGAGACCAUGGGGGAGGGGAGCUGGUUGCAGCAGGAGGGGGAGACUUCCUGGAUUCUUCAGCUGCCUCUUGGACCCCACUCCUCUCCAGCCUCUGCUUCAGCCUUGGAGUCUGAACCGUGCUCUGCCACAGCCUCUUCCUGCUCACUAAACCCUGUUGCCUCUUUAGCUUCUGAGACUUCUUCCUCCCAGUCUGCUUCCCCUUCUCCCUUGACUACUCAUUGCCUGUCUCACCACCAGUCCUCUGGCUCUGAGCCGCCUUCUGCGGGUUCCCCAGGGGGUUCCCCAGCCGCUGCCUCGCACAACUCCUCUGCAUCCAGACAGUCCAUGACACAUAUGCGCUAGAAGUUUUAUUUAUUUUAGGAUGUGAGAGAGAGGGUGUGUUGGGUGGGAAAGAGAGAGAGCGAAGGGACUGUGGAAACGUCAGUGACGGGAGAGGAGGGGCGAUGGCAUUCCACGCAGGAAACCAAUCAUUUUAUUCUCUGCAGUCAGGCUGUGUCUUUAUCCCAUUCAACCCCCAGCUAAAACAGAGACGAAAAGCCCACAUGCUUCGUUGUUACUAAUUUCAUUUCUACACCGCUUUAUAUUUUAAAGAAGAAACCUCAAAGCGGUUUGCAACACUUUAACAUUAAAACAUCAAAUGAAGCAAUCCAGAAUAAAACAAAUUCUGGAGUGGGUGCCGCUGUCAUUUCCCUUCUCUCUGCUGUGGCCCCGUGAAAGUCAAACACAAUCCACACGCAGAAUAACAGGGAAAGGCUGUGUCUCAGUGGUUAGAACACCUGCUUUGCAGGCCAAAGGUCCUAGGUUCAAUCCCCGGGUAGGUUUGGGAGAGACCUUGGAGAGCUGCUGCCAGUCAGUGCAGACAGUACUUGGAUAAAUGGGCCAGUGGUCUGACUCAGUAUGAGGCUUUCUUUAUGACGUUGUUCUUUGGUGCUGCUGGUUUGGAUUGUGUGUCUUUCGCCUGUUACGCCAUGCUCUCUUUUGUAGCAAAGAACAACACGAGCUGCCUUGAAGUUGACAUCUAGAAAGGCAGGAUAAAGCUUGCGCCGUUGUGAGAGAAAAGGAAUAUUUGCCUUCUCUUUGUGGAGUAGACUCACUGACGCACUCAUGAGCCUCCCACAUGCCUUGCGAAAUUUUAUAAGGUGUGGCAGUGCUGACAGCGUGCUGUCAAACUCUUAUCUCAAGUCAAAUCUUCGAAAGUUGUAGCAUAUACAUCACACUACCUUGCUCCUCUCUGUAGGUGGCUGCAGCUACUCUGUUUAAGAAACUCUGGCUAUGCUCAGAGGUGCUCUUUAUUAUUAUUUCACAAUAUUCUGAGGUUGCUUCUUGCCGCUACAGAGCUGAUCCCUGCUCAUCUCCCCGCAGCCGGGAGGCUGCUUUCGUUCCAGAAGUUCUGCUUUCUUGCCAAGACCUGAAACCGAUAUGUGACAUGUGACGGCUAUCUCUUUCUCCUCCUCGCUUUAGUUUUCCCGUUGCCAUGGGGACAGCAUCAUCCAAGGAUGA